AGAAGGAAAAAGAGAAGAAAAGGCGGCGGAGAUUGGGGAGCCGACAUCGCCCCAACCCGGGAUCCGCCGGACAUUCUCCUCAGCCGCUCCUGAGAGCUCUUGAGGUUGCAACAAAGCACUUCCAGGAGUGGCAAAGUGAAAGCAAGUCCUUCCAUCACAAGAGUUAACAGAAUUCCUGGAGCUGCAGAGAAAUCAGGGACUUUCUUCCUUGCCCAGACAAAUCACCACCCCAAAAAUGGAUUUUAUCUGACUGUGUAGCCCAGAUUCUGCUGUUCAUCAUGGACAUUGUGGUUACAGUACAGGAAAUGUUAAUAUUUUCACCAUCUCGGCAUCUAAUCAAGACAAAGGCAGACUCACCGUAUCUGCACAUAGCCAAGACUAAUGCAGAAAGAUAAGUUUUCACAUUUCAACAAAACUGGUGUUGGCAUCUCAUACAAGAAAGAAUCAUAAUGCUCUUUUAAAGCCCUUGACUGAUUUGCUUUGGUAAAGGAAUGAACAAGAAGGUCUUUUAUGGGGUUGAGAAACUAAACACUGAUAAGAAUGCCCAGAAGAGGUUUAAUGCUUCAAGCCAGAACCCGAUGGCUGUUGGUGGGCCUUGCUUUACUCUUUAGCUUGCUGUUAUUUAUGUACCUUCUUGAAUGUGCUCCACAGACAGAUGGAAACUCAUCUCUCCCCGGUAUUGUCGGGGAGAAUUAUGGGAAAGAGUAUUAUCAAGCUCUCCUUCAGGAGCAAGAAGAACAAUAUCAAACUCGGGCUACCAGCCUGAAGCGCCAGAUUGCCCAGUUAAAGCAAGAGCUUCAAGAGAUGAGUGAAAAAAUGAGAUUAUUACAAGAAAAAAAGAGUCCUAGAGCCAAUGGCAUGGGCUACCAAGGCACCAAAGACCAAGUACCCAGGGAUCUCCUAGAAUUUCUUCACUCUCAAAUUGACAAAGCUGAGGUAGGCACAGGAGCCAAGCUCUCCAGCGAAUAUGGUGUCAUCCCCUUUGAAAGUUUUACAUUGAUGAAAGUGUUCCAGUUGGAGAUGGGCCUCACGCGGCAUCCAGAGGAGAAACCUGUCAGGAAAGACAAAAGAGACGAGUUGGUGGAAGUUAUUGAGGCUGGCUUAGAAGUUCUCAAUAAUCCUGAUGAAGAAGAUGAACAGGAGGAGGAGGAUGGCCCAAAUGGGGAGAAACACAUAUUCAGUGAAAAUGAUUUCAUGGAAGGAUACUACCGCACUGAGAGAGAUAAAGGUACACAAUAUGAGCUCUUUUUCAAGAAGACAGACCUUAUGGAAUACAGACAUGUCACAUUAUUCCGACCCUUUGGACCGCUCAUGAAAGUGAGGAGUGAAACUAUUGACAUUACCAAAUCAGUGAUUAAUAUCAUCGUCCCCCUUGCUGGCAGAACUGAGGCAUUUGCACAAUUUAUGCAAAAUUUCAGGGAUAUAUGUAUUCACCAGGACAAAAGGAUUCACCUCACAGUGGUAUAUUUUGGUGAAGAAGGACUUUCUGAUGUCAAGAACAUUCUAGAGUCUGUUGUUAGUGAAACAGACUUUCACAAUUACACACUGGUCUCACUGAAUGAAGAAUUUAAUCGUGGACGUGGACUAGAUGUGGGUGCCAGAGCCUGGGAGAAGGGCGAGGUCUUAAUGUUUUUCUGUGAUGUCGACAUAUAUUUCUCAAAAGAGUUCCUUAACAGCUGCCGUUUAAAUGCUGAACCGGGCAAAAAAGUGUUUUACCCUGUGGUGUUUAGCCUUUACAAUCCUGCUAUUGUUUAUGCCAGUCAAGAUGCGCCACCACCAGUGGAUCAGCAAUUGGUCCACAAGAAGGAUUCUGGCUUCUGGCGAGAUUUUGGCUUUGGAAUGACUUGUCAAUAUAGGACAGAUUUCCUGAAUAUUGGGGGAUUUGACUUGGAAGUGAAAGGCUGGGGAGGAGAAGAUGUCCAUCUUUACAGGAAAUACUUGCAUAGUGACCUCAUUGCCAUUCGGACCCCAGUUCCUGGCCUUUUCCACCUCUGGCACGAGAAGCACUGUGCCGAUGAACUGACUCCAGAGCAGUACCGUAUGUGCAUCCAGUCCAAAGCCAUGAAUGAGGCUUCUCACUCUCAUCUUGGAAUGCUCGUCUUCAGAGAGGAGAUAGAGACUCACCUCCAUAAACAGGCAUUUCGGUCAAACAGCGAAGCAGUGGGUUGAAAGCGAACGGAUCCUACUGAAUGGUGGUAAACCUGAACUCAGAACCAGCACUACUCAACAGCCUUAACGUUCAAACUGCAGUGCCUCUUUGAAGAAGUAUUUUCAAGUUGUUCUUUGCACAGUAUCUUGGUUGGACACAUCGCUCCCUUAAUCGUUUUGUCACUUGAUAUAACAGGAAAAGUGUUUAAAUCUUUGGUGAGUUUUAAGAGAAUUCAACCGGGAACCCAGCAGGAGUCUCAUGCUGUUUCACUUGCGAAAGGUCCCUCAGACUUAGAUUAGUAUCAACAUAAGUAUUGCACUAAGUGAAUCUGAUUUGAUUCUGUUCUCUAGUUGAUAACUGCAAUAAAUAGAUGAUUUCUAUUUGACAGCUAAGCAAUUAAACAGUGAUCGAGGAACCCCAGUUCCUUUAAGGUUAGCCUUGUGUUUGUCACAAGUUUUUAACAGGUCCUUCUUGGAAUGCUGCUGUAUUGGAGAAUAAGAAAGUGAAGGAAUUGGCAAGUCAAAUCAUUUACUCAAACUCUCCUUGCAAGGCAAGGGAAAAGCAGAGAUUAAAACUCACCCCUGUAAGUUUCUGAUCUCUCUUUGAGUCUCUAAGAUAGCUUUUACCUGUCAGUGUUGAAUUCACUGAAGUACUUUUUGCUUUAAACUUGAAUCACAGGUUGUUUAGCAGUGUUAACUGGUAUUACAUUCUCAUCAUUACAUUACUAGCCAUCAAAAGAAAUUGAACUCAGACUGAGUCGCAUCGAAGGGCAAAUAAAAUGUGCAAAAAAAAAAAAAAAAAGAGACCGAAACGAGGGCAAGUUUUAGGUGAAACUAAAUUGAAACAUAUCAGAGUACCAUUAUGAACCCAAAUGGCAUUUAUAUAAGGGUAGGCCCAAAUAAGCAGUUUUGCAUGUUUCAGAAUAUAUAAGGACAAGCAUUUUAGAGCCAGGUUUCCUUGCCUCGCAACAUGGAAUGCGUUGUUUUAAUAUCUUAAGUUCAGAAUAGCAAAAUGCAUCGCUCAAAAGAGGAAACUUACUUCAUCCCCUCCUAAUUUAGAAAUUAGGAUCCUAAAAUAUAAUGCAACCUUUUCAUGUAACUAAUUCUAAUCCAGUGGCUAGGUUAAGAUUUAAUCAACCGAGGUUGGUUUUAGUCAUCUCUUAAAGUGUGGAAAGUGCAUUGUGCAAAAUAAUUCUCGACACUGAUUGUUAAUGUACAUAAAUUGCCUUUUGUGUAAUGUAUUGUGAGGGCUGUGAGUGUCUGUGUGUGUGUUUGUGUGCGCGCCUGCACAAUUGUGAUGUUUGAGAUGAGAGAAUGUGAUCAAGUGCAAAGUAGCCUGAAGCUGGUUCUAUGUGAGAGUCAAGUACUCUUCUGCGUUUUCAACAGCUUUUUAUUUAAGUACUGAAGUGGAAACAUUACUGUUUUGAUAUUGUACGGUACCAAUAAAAGUAUUUUUAUUAUC